UGCUCCGGCAUUCCAGCACCCUGCCUUCAGGAGGCUGAGCUCCGGUCGGCCCAUUGGUUCAAGGUUCCUCUAGCACCCCACCCUCAAAGGCUCCUCUUGGGUCUGCCCCGUCGGUCCCUGGUUCCUCCAGUCCCCUGCCUUUAGGAGGCUCCCCUCCGGUCCUCCCUGUCGGUCUCUGGUUCAGUCGGAAGCCCAGCUUCAGCGGCUCUGCUCCGGUCCACCCCGUCGGCAGUGCAGGGCCGCGCAUCUCGGAGCCCCGAUGACUGGGGAAUACCAGCUCUCGUCAGAGCAGCUUCAGCUCCGCAUCUUGCUGCUGGGGGACGCGGGUGUGGGCAAGACUUCGCUGCUGCAGCGCUACGUGGAGAGAGACUUCAGGGCCGAUGCACCCCCCAGCUCCACCGUGGGCGUAGAGUUCUACUGCCGUAUGCUGGAGCUGGCCUCGGGUCCAAGGGUCAAGCUGCAGCUGUGGGACACCGCAGGCGAGGAACGCUACAGGAGCAUAACUCGGUCCUUCUACCGGAAUACGGUGGGUGUCUUGCUGGUCUUUGAUGUGACCAACAGGAAGUCCUUUGACCACAUAGAAGACUGGUACCAGCAGGUGGCAUCCCAGCAGGGUCUGGACAAGGUUAUCUUCCUGUUGGUUGGCCACAAGACUGACCUGCAGCAGGCUCAUCAGGUGUCAACCCAGGAAGCAGAAAAUUUAGCUUCAGUUUUGGGCAUGACUUUCCUGGAGACCUCAGCCAAGACCAACAGCAAUGUGACUCUGGCCUUUGAAACCCUUGCCGGUGACAUCCAGCAGGCCCUCCAGAAUGGGGAGAUCAAAGUAGAUGGAGUCUGCGGGGGAGUCAGGGUCAUUCACAGAGCCCAGCCUCCCUUAAGACAGAGGAGAAAAAAACCAUCUCGGCAAUGUUAUUGUUGACAUCAACCAAGACGGACGGAACAGACACGGAGAAGCAAACCUCCCCAGGACCCGGAGAAACUCAAAACUGGAAAGAAUCUUAGGUCAUCUAAUCCAGUGCCCUCAUUU